AUGAUUCAGCUACUGUUUAUGGUUCUGUUCGUGGAAGGUGCGAUUGCAUUCUUGCUGCUGAUUAAGAUUGGCCCAUUGAGGGAGCUCGUGAUUAAAAGCCUUGACCAGAUGAAGAUGGGGAAAGGUCCUGCCACUGUGAAAACCAUCGCUGGAACCAUGUCUGUUAUCCUCUUGUCCAAUCUCAUGAGCAUCGUCAAGAUCCAGAACAAAGGUGCAAAGCUUGGGACAAUGUCUCCUAUGGAUCAGGUCCUUUGGAGAACUCACUUGCUUGAAGCUUCUCUAAUGGGAGUCGUACUUUUCCUCGGCUUCAUAAUUGACAGGAUGCACCACUACCUCAGAAAGCUAAUCAAUCUAAGGGGUAACGUCGGAUCAUCUAAAGAAGAACUUGAACAGCUUCAGAAAGAGAGAACCGAAUUUAAAGAGAAAGAGGACAAAGCGUCCAAGGAAAUCAAGCAGCUGCAAGAAAAACUGUCAUCUGUUUCAGAGAGACUUAAGAAAGCAGAGACCGAGUCAAAAGAGAAAGAGAAGAAGCUGGAAACCGCUGAGACACAUGUCACGGCUCUCCAGAAACAGUCUGCAGAGCUGCUUCUGGAGUAUGAUAGAUUGCUAGAAGACAACCAAAAGCUCCAAAGCCAGAUUCUGGGAAAAACGUAAAGCUGAUGUUAGAUUGUUGAGUUUGUCAUUUAACAAGUGUUUUUUUUUAAAUGUUGUUGACAAUGGUGCAUUAAUGAUUGAGAAGAGAAAGGAUUGCAGUUGCAUGAAGUGUUGCAUCAUUUUUGUUUUUU